CCGCUGCUGCCGUUCUGGGCUGAGAAGGGUCACGAGUGGCGGGAGUAUGCGUCGCUGCACCCCAGGAACAGGGUGCUGGCUCUGAAGCUGCUAUGCGACAUGCGGCUGGAGAGGGAGGACGUGAAGGGCGCCAUAGAUGCGCUGCUGGUGCCGCCCCGGGGGACCUCAGCAGCAGCAGGGGCGGGAGCGGGAGGUGCCAAGGGGGGCGCGCAGAAGGCGGCGGGCGGCCGUGCUGGCCCCGUUGCCGCGCAACCCGUCACUCGCCGCCGCCGUGGCGACGCCUCGGCUCCGCCGCCGCCGCCACUGACGGUCGACGAUGUCCGAAAACGACCCUUGGGUCACGACAGCAACGGCGCGGCGCUGUGGGUUGUGGGUCGGCUGCCGGACCUGCAGCUGCGGCUGUACCGUGAGCAGGCGCCCAGCUGGCCCAAGCCCAAGAAGCCGCGGGCUCCCUCGCCACCACCCCAGGAGGCCUCGGGGCGCGGCGGUAAGGGCCGCGGAAAGGCAGCGGCGGAGGGCGGCAGCGCAGGCGCCAAGACGAAGAAGGCGAAGGGGCAGAAGGCCCUUCCGCCGUACAUGAUGUACGAACUGCCGCCGGAGGCCGUUGCAGGCCGCUGGGAGCUGCUGGGUGUUGGUGCGGAGGGGCUGGGGGGCGCCGCGGAGGAGAUGCGCACCGGUAGCAGGAAGCAGCAGGACAGGGACCUGGCAGACAAGAUCUCCACUGAGCUGGUUUCGGUGCUGGUCGAGGAGUUGGAUCGUCGCGAGCGGAAGCAGCAGCUGGAGUCGCGGCUGCGUGCGGCACUGGGGACGGAGUACCUGGGGGCCACGAGGUCACGGCGCGCUCGCAAGGAGGUGGAUUACAGUACGGCAGCGUACGACAAGAUGCUCCAUGAGGCGCUCCGAAACACCCGGCAAACGGUAACGGUAACGGCAGCUGGGGCGGCUGGUAGCAGGAAGCGAUCGCUUCGCAGCGCUUCUCCUGCCCCGGAAGAGGAGGAAGAAGAGGAGCAGGAAGAGGAGGAGGUAGAGGAGGAGGGCGUUAUGGAGAUGGAGGAAGGACAAGGGGAGGAGGAGGAGGCUGGUGAAGACGCUGGGGAAGAAGAAAGAGGAGGCGGAGGAGGAGAGGGCGGUGAAGAGGGACAGGGGAUGGAUG